AUGGCAAAAUCCAUUGGUCACUUGUUACAAGUGGUGUUGUUGUUGGCACUAUUAGUGCUUAAUAUUGAUCAAGUCUAUGGUGAUAACACUGUUGGAUGGGUCAACAUUACAAUCCUUUCAGACGCUGUUGCUAAAGGAGCAGUUUGCUUAGAUGGUAGCCCGGCAGGUUACCAUUAUUCCAAAGGAUUCGGAGACGGGGAAAAUAAUUGGCUCGUUUAUCUUCCGGGAGGAGGAUGGUGUAGCUCAACAAGUGAUUGCCUAAAUAGAGUGCGAACUUCGCCAAGUACUUCUACCACCACUAACAUCAAUAGAACAUAUUUUGGUGGGAUAAUGAGCUCAAACCAAUCCACAAAUCCAGAUUUCUACAACUGGAAUGUAGUUUACUUACGAUACUGUGAUGGGUCGUCGUUUACGGGAGAUGUGGAAGCUGUUGACCCCGGAACCAAUCUCCAUUAUAGAGGCUCAAGGAUUUUCAGCGCAAUCGUGGAAGAACUACUAACUAAAGGAUUGCAAAAUGCUCAAAAUGUUAUCCUUGCCGGCAACUCGGCUGGAGGACUAGCGACUAUUUUGAACUGCGACCGGUUUAGGGCAAUGGUGCCAAAUUGUGCCAGAACGAAAUGCAUUUCAGAUUCUGGUUUCUUCAUCCGAGCGAAAAAUCUCCCAAAUGUUGAUCAUAGAGAAAGUGAAUAUGCUCAAGUGGUUCAACUACAUGGAGUAGCAAAGUUUCUGCCAGAGUCAUGCACGUCAAGAAUGGACCCGAGUUUGUGUUUUUUCCCCGAAAAUUUGGUUGGAGAUGUUGAGACACCACUUUUCCUACUAAAUUCUGCUUUUGAUCUGUACCAGGUCACAUUCAAUUUGAAACCUUAUCCUGGGGAUGAGCAAGGCUGGACGAGUUGCACUAACGACACACAAACCUGCACACCUAGUCAAUUACAACUCAUAAAGGAUUUUAGAAAUACAUUCCUGGAGACAGUGACGAAUAUUAGUGAUAGUCCGUCGAGAGGAUUGUUUAUCGACUCUUGCUACAUUCAUGACCACCUUUGGUCAACUACAAGAUGGAGCACACCAAUAUUGGAUAAUAAGACCGUUGCACAGGCGGUUGGCGAUUGUUCAGAGCAUCACUCCAUCUCCGAUUUCAAAAUGAUUGAUGAUCAGGACUUGGGCUUCUUUGCCAACUUUCUCGGCAUAUUCAUAUUUGUUCUCGUCAUUGCUUAUCAUUAUGUCAUGGCGGAUCCUAAAUACGAGGGCAAUUGA